AUGUAAAGCCAAGCUUUACCAAAUAUUUCUGCAAAAUCACCUUAAUCAAAACUGAAAACAUUAGAUUCAAUGUUGAAUGGUCAAAUAAGAAUCAAAUAAACAAAAGAUAUAUCCUUUAAGACAGUACCUAAUAAUAAAACCAACAUUUCAUUUCUAAAAAAUGAUAAAUUCGAAACACGUCAAGAUGUAAAAUGAUAUUUAAUUUUAAGCAAUACUAUAGUUCACCCAUAUUAACAAAAUCUUAGAUAACUGAAGUAGAGUUAUAAAAUAGAUAGAGUAGGAAUGAUUUUUAUUCUUAAAUGCUCAGUGAAAAUCCUUACAAAUAUAACGAAUAUAGCGAGUUUGAUCAAGAGUACAAUAGAAGUAUUAAUAAAUUUUAAACAAUUAGAAAUUUCUGAUAUAAAUGUUAAUUUGUUGGAUAUAAGAAAUAAAGAGAAAAUCAAAGAAUUCUUAUAGGAAUCUGCUUCUUUUUCUAAUUAACUAUCUACUCACACAUAAAGAUUGAAAAAAGUUAAUGUAUUAACUCAAAGAUAAGAUGUUAUUAAAUUAGCAUAAUGGCUUGAUUACUAAAUUUAGCAAGUGGUUUCAAAUAAAAAGAUGAUGUAACAAUAAUAACUAAGAGAAAUUGAGAAGAUAUUUAAUUUGAGUUUAAAAGAGUUAGUGCGGGAAAUAUCAUUAGAUUGUGUUGAAAAAAGGUAUAAACUCAUCAAUAGGUAGUGUGCUACUAGAAAAAAUAUGGAAUUAGUAUGUCAAUUAUAAUACAUUCUUACUUAAAUCAUUAGAUGAUGAAAAGAACAAUUAAGAGAAUGAAUAUUUACAGUAACUCAAAUCAGUAUAUCUAUAUAUUUAUAUAUUAAGUUACAUUAAACAUAUUUAAAUUCAGUUAAAUUUUUGGAAGAUAAACUAAGAUAAAUAGAUGAGGAAUUUAAUUAAUUAAGUACUAAAUUUGAAAGAAAGAAAUUUAAACUAAAGAAUAUUAAAGAUAAUUUUGUCAGCAUUUAAGAAUAAAAGAAAGAAAUUGAAUAAGAAGUUGAAUAUCUUAAAAAUUAGAGAAGAGAUUUAUUAGAGAUAAAAGAAUCUCUUUAAAAUUAAGUAGAUAGUUUAACAAUAGAAAAUGAAAAAUUAUAAAUUGCAAUAUAUCAAAAAUCUUAAGAAUUAAGAACAGCAAAAACAAAACGUUAUUCUUAGAUAUCUAUAGAUAGUUGUUUUAGUGAAUAAAAUCAUAAAGGAACAACAAUGGAAGAUUUUUAAUAAAUGAUGUCAAUCAAUAAAGAUAAAUAUACUUAAACCUUCAUUAAUGAUAAAACAUAAUUAUCUACUGGAAUAUAAACUGAUAUUAAAUUCAUUUUUCAUUAAGGUACUCAAACAGGUUUACAAGAUGAUGAUGAUAAUUACUAAUCAUAAAAUUAAGAAAAUAAUCAAUAUUUAAAAAGAUUAUCAGAUUAAAAAUAUGAUUUAGAAGAGAAACUGAAAUUAUGUAAUAAUAUUAUAUCAGAAUUAUAAAGGAAUAAAUAACAUUUAAUAAGAGAAUAAGAAAUUAAUACUAAUAAAUUAGCAUCAUAAGUAAAUAAUUUAUAAUAAUUAGGAAAUUUCAUUAUCUGCUCUAUAAAAAGAAAUUGAAAGAUUAUAAUCUGAAUUAUAGGCUUUAUUGUAAAGCAGAUAAUAAAAGAAGAGAACUAUUGUUUCUCUUGAAGAAAAUAAUGGAGAGUAAAUGUCAUUAGGUCCUGUUAGAGAACAAUAAAAGACUCCUUAAAAUACAUUAGAUAAAUAAAUAGAUAAAAAUGGUUUUAAUAAUCAAAAGACUAAAUUAUAAAAUUAAAUUUAAACUUAAGAAAAUGGAAAAAAUGGAAAAAAUGAUAAAAAUGAUAAACAUGAUAAAAGUGAAAAAAUUUAAGGUUAAAACAGCAAUUUUACAAGUAAUAAUGCAAGUUAAAAUAAUUCAUCAAAUUAGACACCUUUAAAUAAAGAAAUAACUAAUAAUAAUGUUUCCAAAAUAUAAACAUAAAAUUAAUCUAAUUCAUAAAAUUAAUAAACUUAAAACUAAUUACAAUAAACAAAAUAAGCAUUUCAUUCAAAGAAACCUUCUGAUAAUAAUUCUAAACAAACUUCUCAUAAUGUAAGCCAAACAUAAAAGUAAACUAAAGUUCAAAAUAAUAAGAAAAUUAAUAUUGAAUAAGUCAAUCUUUAAGGAAAUGGGCAAUAGAAUAAUUAGAUUAAUUAAGGAGAAUUAAAAAUAAGUAAAUAUAAUAAAUAAUUAAUAAGAAAAUGAUGUUAAUUAAUUAGGAUAAGCAGAGAAAUCUUUAGAACCAUAAAAUAAAGAAUCUGAUUAAUUGAAUUCCUCUUAAAUCAGAAAUACAUUAUUAAAUUUAAAUGAAGUGAAUAAUGAAGAUGAAUAAUUUGAAGAAAAUCUAUUAGAUUAAAAUAAUAAAAAUGAAUAUGCUUUUAAAAGAUCAAGUACUAAGAAAUUAUCAUAUAAAUUUAAUAAUUCAUAAUCAAAUUCUCAAAAUAAUUCAAUUUAUGUUAAUUAGCGUAAUUAUAUAUUAUAUUUUAGUUUAAAGAAAAGGAUCAUAUAUAACACCUGUAGGUCCAGAAACUAAAACUAUUAGAGAUAAAGAGUAAUAGCUAAAAGAAACAGCUUUAGAAUUUAUUAAAUAAUUUAUUUAAACUAACAAGUAUAACAUAAUUAUAAAUAGUUUAUAACAUCCAGAGAAUAUAGAGUAGACUAUGCAGUUAUAAAAUGUUUUUAAAUUGAUUACAUAAUUUUAUAAAGAAAGAUUAGAAAGAAAACAACCAAUUUAUGUUAUAUGCUAUGAAUUUUAUAUGAAUACUUUUGGUUUAAAAUAAAUAGCAGAAAAUAAAUUAACAAUGCUUUGUUAAGCAGUAAUAUAUUUUAGAAACAUUCCAAGAGUUAGAUUAUUCUCUAGAUUUUUGUAAAUUUAGGAUCCUAUUAAUGAUGAAGAUUUAGAAUUUUAUUUCUCAACUUUAUAACAUUUAGAUUUACAACAAAAAUCAGAAAAUUUAAUUUCAUGCACUCCUAAUUAAGAUUGUGUUUUGGUUUCUUACGAUAAAGCUUUAGAUUAAUUAGCAGCACUUGAUGAACAUCUUGUUGAAAUUCAAUCAAAAUUUAAGUCUUAGAUCUUAAUAAUUAAUGGAUCUAGAUUUAUUGAUUUAGAUUUAUUUUUUAUGGAAUCAUUACAGUAAUUCUAAUUGAUGAAAAAAAUUCAUUAAGAUAAUUUUAAGGAAUUAUUUUAAGCUGUUGAUAUUAAUGAUGAUAAUUCAAUUAGUGUUGAAGAGUUUACUAUUCUUUUUAACUUAAUUGAACAAGAAUUUUAAAAUUAAUAAUUAUUUAUUCAGAAAUUUAUUGAAACCUGUUAAAAUUCUGAUGGAUUGUCUUUUUAUUAAUUUGGUAUGUUUUGUAUGUCAAACUAAUUAUUUCAAAAAGAAAAAUAAGAUGUAUUUUUAUAAUACAAUUCUGAUAAAUUUAAACUAUUAUAAUUAAAAUGGAAUGAGUAUAGAAAAUAAAUGACCUAAAAAUUAAAAGAAAAUUUAGUCUUUACAGAGUAUUAUCAGAAUUUAAUUCGCAAACUUGACAAUGUAAUUUAUAAUAUAAAUUCAUAGGCACUUAAAAAUGAUCUUUCAUAUUCUUGGUUACUAUGGAGAAUAUUAGACGAAUAAACUAAAAGACUUACUUCUUAAAGUAAAUGA